AUGGAGUCGGAGGAGAGUAAGAUAUCAGUGUGGGUCUGCCGAGAGGAAAAGCUCGUCCUCGGCUUGUCAAAGCGCACAACCUGCGCUGAUGUUGUCAAAGUGCUUCUGGAAGACCAAACCUCACAGCAUGGCCUUUCCGCAGCGCAGUCGUACUGCAUCGUGGAGAAAUGGAGAGGUUUCGAGAGGAUUCUGCCGAACAAAACAAAGAUUCUACGGCUUUGGGCCGCGUGGGGAGAAGAGCAGAGGAACGUGAAGUUUGUUUUGGUGAAAAGCGAGGCGUCUUUGGCGAACCAUGGAGCCCGUAGCGCGGAGGCGCGUGUAGUGCUCAGCAAACACAACCCCUGUGUCACCAAGGGCACCGCACGGUCUCCCAUGGGGGGGAUCUCACCUGAAAAACAGCGUCGGAUUGUUAGGAAAGCUUUCAGAAAGUUGGAGAAGAUCAAUAAAAAGAGGGCGCAAGCCGCGCACAGAGACGCGUCCUCUGCGGAGAAGAUGGAAACUUUGGUUCAUCUUGUGGUUUCUCAGGAUCACACCAUCCGCCAGCAGAUCCAGAGGAUUACAGAGCUGGACGCAGAGAUCGAAAGGUGCGAGGCAAAGGUGCAUUUUGACAGAAUCAAGCGGCACGGGAUUAAUUAUGUUCAGGACACGUAUUUGGUGGACGCUGCUGCAGCUUCCGGCCAAGAGGACGACAAACUGUGUUCAACUGAGACUCUUGCCAAGUUUGAAGAAUAUGUCCGGCAAUGUGAGGAGGUGGUUAGGCUACAAGAGGAGCUGUGGGAGCAGGAAGCUCUUAUAGACAUCAUCACGGUGCAGAUCCAGGAGGAGCUGAACCACCGCUGGAUGCAGCGGAGGAAAGAGGAGCUGCAGAACAAAGACACAGAACCCGGCGAGGGCGCACACUCUGUCCCCGGCACCGAGGCAGACACGGCAUCAGAAAACGAGCUGCUUUUGGAGGAAGAGAGGAUCAAAACGCAGCUAGAUGCGAGUUUAUACAUCGGUCUGCGCCUCAACGCGGAUUUAGAAGCUAUUAGGAGCGAUUUAGAGCUGACCCAGGAGAUUUGCAGGGCGAGGGAGAAGGAGAUGAGGGAUUUGCUGGAGAAAGUGAACACUUUGGACAUAGACGAAGGGACAGCCAGCGAGGAGAAACGUAGCCACGGGACAGAUGAUAAGACGGGGAUGAUGAGCACUUUGGAGAGAAAGAGCGAGUGGGUGGAGCAGGCCAGGGGUCUGUCAAAAGCUCACAGUGCGAACGACGACGACUCAGACACGGGCUUAAGUUCUCUGCACAGUCAGGACUCAGACAGCCACCCUGUGUGGGAGUCACUGGUUUAGGGUUUUACCAGGAAGGCGCUUAUCUCUUUAUCAACUUUCAAAUAAGAAAAAAAAAAACAAAAAACUUCUACAGUCUCAGGGAUCAUAUUUACUCUGAAGUAAACAAAGACUAAGUAUAAUAUUUCCACACAGAAAGCAACAAUUUGGAACUGGAUCUAUCUUACUUUAUGCUGUUGUUGUUGUUGUUGUUUUUAAAAAAAAAAAAAUAUAUAUAUAUAUAUAUUUGUAUGGGAUCAUAAUCCCCACAUAUCCCCAUAUUUUUUAUAACAUUCUUCUUAAACCAGUUUAAUAACAAAUGCAGUUUUUUUUGUCGGGAUAAUAAGUGUUUCUCAUCAAGAAAGCUGUUGUUUUGACAUAAAUAAAAAAACUGUUUUUGAAGCUU